AUCGGAGCAAGAACGCGAAAGCUAUGAAGAUUCAAAGUUCAUGAGCUUGCGUUACAAUUGCGGCGGUUACAAAGUGAAGUUGUGGGGUGACUCUAUAUGGAUUUGGGACCUUUGGGGUUGGGGAAAUUUGUCACUCUACUGUAACAGCUGCAAAUUGGUUGGGAACAACCAAGCUAGGUUGGCAAGGGUGGCCAACUUGGAUGGAUUGGUUGGGAAGGGAUAAAUGUCAAAGUUGGGGUUCCUAUAGGGAGGGAAUCUUUGUGCUUAUGGGUGGUGUUCUAAAGGUUGGAUGUGUCUUCCGCUAAGGGGAAACUCUGCCGAAAUUUCGUGGACGCCGACACUUGUGAAAAUAUCGAGAGAGCUGAGUGUGGACAGCAAAGGGGAGCUGAAAUUUGUCAUUUCUCAAGGAGAAGAUGAAUGAGAGAGGAGGAGAUGCUAAUGGAAGAGGAGCUGUACUUGAGAAGACAACUGCCCAUCAUCCCUUGGAAUGGGAAGACUCCAACAGCAGCAACGGCAGUAGCGGCAAAGGCAACAGCAGGAGGAGAUGCAACUGCACCAACUGAUGGGGUCCUGGAAGCAGUCAAGAAAGUGCAGCAGCAGCAGACACAUGGCGAGGUGCCUGCUGCUGAAGUGGAGCAGCAGCAGCAGCAGCAUGAGUCUCCACCUCGAGUUCCACACCCGCCUGAGCGACCUAGGAGGGAUGUGCGCCCUCCGGUGAGGCUGACCUAUGGGGGAAGAGGCAAGCCGAAUGUGGUGCAGGCUGGGAGUGUGGAGAAGGAUGAGAUCCUCAUGCUCUUGGUGUAUGUGGAUGAUAUCCUUCUCUUCUCUGCAUCAACUGCUUUGCUGGACAGCGCAGAGCAGAUGCUGGAGAUGCAGUUCAAGUGCUCCAAGAUGGGGUUUACUGUGGAGCCAUGUGCUGAUGAGGAGGUAGUGGGUGAGAGUGACAGGAAGCUGUUUCAUUCGAUGGUUGGGUCGCUGAACUAUGCUGCAAAUCAUACACGGCCUGACAUUGCAUUUGCUACAUCACGGCCUAAGUGGCAUUGGGUGAGGAGAUUCCUUGAUAAGGAGGUGCGGCUGGAGAUAGUGAAGUCCUAUCAGCAGGCAGCAGAUAUUUUCACUAAGCGUCUGGCGGAGGCGGAUCAUUGGAAGGGCAUGAAGCUUGCUGGGAUGAGUGUGCAUUGAGUAUGCAUGCUUGAGAUGUUGGUAUGGUGGAUGAUGGCUGGCAGCCAGAGGGGGAGAUUGUUGUGUGAUGUCAUCAUAUGCUAUCACAUUCUGUCUGCCUCCCAUCUCUUGUUUCAAUUCGCAUGUAUGGUUUGACUAUUUGUGAAAGAAUUUGUAUUUGUGAUGAUAGAUCUUGAGAAGAUCUUUCCGACGCAACAAGAAUCGCUUCAAUCGGAGCAAGAACGCGAAAGCUAUGAAGAUUCAAAGUUCAUGAGCUUGCGUUACAAUUGCGGCGGUUACAAAGUGAAGUUGUGGGGUGACUCUAUAUGGAUUUGGGACCUUUGGGGUUGGGGAAAUUUGUCACUCUACUGUAACAGCUGCAAAUUGGUUGGGAACAACCAAGCUAGGUUGGCAAGGGUGGCCAACUUGGAUGGAUUGGU